CCCACUCUGUCGCCGUUUUCAACACCUUCCUCGACGUCGGCUACAACGAUCUCGACGCGUCUGACGACUUGAAACGUUUCUUCUCGAACAAAGUAGUCCAUCUUGUGAUAUUUGAUCAUCGUUUCCGGGCUUGGGAACGAGCAGCUCAUUACCGAUUGCCUCCACCUCGCCUUCUCGUCAUGGACGACUACUCCGACACAUCGUUUCAAAUCCCCACCGCUUCUUCAAGCAAUUUGCUGGCAGAUGAUAGCAUCAGCUUUCUCGAUGGGGACGACACCACCCUCGCAACCCCCGCGGUCCCGACCCGGACAAGACCUGACAACCCGUUAACCCUUGCAGAACUUACGCCACGAUCUACGAGGCCCAGAGCGAGGGCCACGCCUCAAUCGCUGCUUCGAAGGUCCCCCAGAAAGCAUCGUGGUACGCCCGCCAUGUCCUCGCCUCUGAAACAGGUCGUCGAGGCCGAUCUAAGUGCUGCCAUGGAAGACACGCUCUCGCCUUUCAAGCGGCGGCAGGAGCAGUCGUUCCAGAUCCCGUCCAUGAUGAACGCGACCACGGACCUCUUGAUGAUGGACGAUGGCGAGUCUAUGUUUGGCAAGGGCGAUGAUGCCAGCUUUGGAGAAGGGCCUGCCUCCGUAACGAUGCAGGAGCCUCAAGAGCCUUUGGUGCCCUCGGUGCCCACCGUGCCCUUGACACUCAGCAAGGCUGACUCUCCUCCCAAGACGCCGCAGCGCCCGCAUGCGAUCAAAUUGCUGUCACCGCCGGUGAACGAAGAAGCUGAAUCCACGAGCGUCCCUAGUUGGGUCGACAAAUACGAACGGCCACGCUCUCCGUCGCCUCCACCUACAAUGGGUAUCUUCUCGGCCCUACAGGACACGGCCGAGACUUGCGAACCAGAGCCCGAAGACGUCGCAGAAGGGCCUGGACAAGCCGAAAUCGAGGUUGUGCCAUGCUCGCCCUCGCCCCCACCCCAGCCGGUCGAGGAGCUAGCCUCUCACGAUUCGAUUAGUUUGCCGAUUGACAAGCCAAAUGUCGAAAUACUUCCAGCAGAAUCUUCCCUCGCUGCGACCGAGGGGGUAUCUCCUCCGCCCGUUUACGCGCAGAAUCCUGCCUCUGACACUCGCAUUGCUGAAGUGAGGCGUAAGCCCGCUACUGUCACUAGUGGCGGUGUCACAAAGCAGUCGAAGCGUCGAAGUUCUGUUCCUGCACGUAGCGGCGCAGCAAAGGCCAGCAGGAAAACUGGCGCACAGCGGCGGACUCGCGCAUCUUCCGUUGCCACGGCAGAUCUUCCGACCAAUGCAGCAUUUCCGCACGCUGGGCUUUCUUCCCAGGGCAUUAGUGCUGGCCCAGAGCUGGACGCUGUGUCGGAAGUUAGGGUCCCAUACGGCGAGGAAUCGUCCCCCGACAUGACCGGGUACGUGCAUGGCAGGGCUUCGUACGAGCGAUCAUACAACGGC